CUUCUCUUCUUUUCUUUUCGUUUCUGGUUUUUCCCCUUUUGAAUCCUGAAUUUAUUCCGUAAAGACAACACUUAUAACCAAGGUAAAACAGAAAGCAACAUGUAUGGCUCGAUAGGCGACAACAGUAUAGAACAACAAAUUAAGCAAUUUCCUUCUCAUAUUACAUGAAAAAAAAACCAAAAAAAAAAGAUGGCCGAUCCCAAAGCAGUUAUUAAAGCCGUUGAUAUGAGCGAAGAAAUGCAACAAGAAGCUAUUGAAUGCUCAACACAAGCCUUAGAAAAGUAUAAUAUUGAAAAGGACAUUGCGGCACACAUUAAGCGUGAAUUUGAUCGUAAAUAUGGUCCUACUUGGCAUUGCGUUGUUGGCAGAAACUUUGGUAGUUUUGUAACUCACGAGAAUAUAUAUGCAAUCCUACAAGUGAUGGUGGUUGUUGCUUUUGGCUGUAUAUUGGCUAAACUCGGGUAUUUCAGCAAUGAUAAACAAAAGUGGUUAUCUAAACUCAAUAUGAUCUUUUUUACGCCUUGCUUAUUAUUCUCCAAUAUCGCUUCCAUCAUCUCGUUCGAAAAACUCUUAGCGUUCUGGCCUAUCCCUUGUUUCUACCUGAUCUAUGCAAUUUUAAAUUACAUAAGUAGUCAAACAGUUUCGCGACUAGCUGGUCUGAGUCCCGCUUAUCGCCGCUUCGUAAUGGCCUGUGUUAUGUUUACCAAUUCCAAUUCAUUGCCUAUUGCUGUUAUUUCAAGUCUGGCUGUUUCCGAAGCUGUUGAUAUUCUUCGCUGGGGACCUAACGAUACCUCUGAGACGAUUGCUGCCAGAGGCAUUUCCUACACUCUCUUCUUUGCUAUCUUUGGUAACUUGAUUCGAUGGUCUUAUGGCUAUCAAUUAUUGCAGCGACACCAUGAUGAUGAUGUACUUACUAUACGUAAUGAUGAAGAAGAGCCAAUACAACACUUGAGCUCUACGUAUCAAUCUUUCAACCAACAUCCUGAUCAUCCAUCUUCGGGUGCUUCAUCCACUGCUUCAUCUGAGGAAUAUCUCUCAUCCGAUCUUGUCCACCGUGAUGGAUUGCCACCGAGACAGCCCAGUUCAGUAACAAUUACAGUUGCAGCCGAUGAAAGCACAAAACACGAACUGAGUCUUCUCCGCAUUCUUAUUCGCAAAAUCCACGGUUUUAUGUCACCUCCACUUUACGCUGCCUCUUUAGCCUUGAUCGUUGGCCUUUCGCCAUUGAAGCCUAUUUUGUAUGACAAGCAAUCUUUCUUAUACCCUUCUUUUACGAAAGCUAUCGAGUCGUGCGGAAAAGCUGCCGUCCCUUUGAUCUUGUCUUGUUUGGGCGCUCAACUGGUCGCUAUCUCUGAAUCACAAAAACCGGCCUCACCUGAGAUGAAGAGACCCGUUGCUAUUGCAAUUGCAGUUCGCAUGGCUUUGAUGCCAUUUUUGGUGUUACCUACUGUUAUCUUGUUUGUCCUGUAUGGUUCUGCUUGGUCAACGCUAGCAAGCGAUCCUGUCUUUAUCACCAUGAUGAUCGUGUUAGGCUGCACGCCCACUGCUAUCAAUUUAGUCCAAAUCACUCAAGUAAACAAUAUUUUUGAAGAAGAGAUGCUACGUAUGCUGUUCUGGAGUUACGGUGUGUUUUGUGUACCACUUUGUACCUUUACUGUCUUUUUAGCAUUGAAUAUCGUCGAUAGAAUGUUAUGA